AUUUUCUAUUUCUACUAUCUCAAACCGUACUCCUACUUUGAUAAGAUUAAUAUACCUGGUCCUAAACCCAAGUUUAUCGUCGGUAAUUUAUGGGAUACCGUUUAUGCUCGUAGGCAUCUAUGUUUAACUGACCAUGUUAAAAAGUAUGGAAAGAUUUUUGGAUUAUACUACGGUCGAAAACCGAUAAUCCACGUAGCCGAUCCUGAUAUUGCUUAUGAAAUUCUAGUUAAACAAUCCGAAAAUUUUAUUAACAGAAUUAAAUUCGGACCAACUUCGAAACAGCCCGUAGGCUUAAUUGAUGCUCGCGACGUGACUUGGAAGCAUGCUCGUGAAAGUCUAACUCCGCUUUUCUCUCCGAAUAAGUUAAAAGCCAUGUCUCACUUCGCUAAUGAAGCUAGUAGCAAUUUGUUAGAGAAAGUUUUACACAAAAUCGAUAACGACGAUGAUACUAUAAACGUGAGGGAACUAUUUUAUAGUACCGCCAUGGAUAUGUCAUUAUCAUCGCUAUUUGGUGUUAAACCUAACGAAGAAAAGAAAAUCGAAUUACAAACUCACAUCAAUAACUUCUUGGGUGGAAUUAGAAGGCCAAUUUCAGUGUUAUUUUUUGCAUUACCAAAUAUUUACAGAUUCCUAAGCUUAUUUAUCGCUUAUAAACAAGUCAAAGGUAUCAUAAAAGCGUCGUCUAUGCUAAGAGAAAUUGUCACAGCUCGUCGUAGAGAAUUAGAUCAAGGUUUAUCUACUAGAACUGAUAUGCUAAAGUUAGUAAUCGAAGCAGAACAUAAAGAGAAAAUAAGCGAUUUCGAUAUUGUACAACAUUGCUUUACUUUUUUAAUCGGAGGAUAUGAUACUACAGCUUCUAACUUGACCUUCAUAGCAUUUGCUUUAGCUACUAAUCCUGAUGUACAAGAUAAAGUCAUUGAAGAGAUUGAUCAAUAUUGUCCUGAUGAAGAUAAUUUAAACUAUAACGAUAUUCAAAAGUUAGACUACUUAGAAAUGACGAUUAACGAAGCAUUUCGUUACUUCUCAGCUGGCUACAUUAGCUUACGUGAAGCUAAAAGCGAUUGUGUUAUUAACGGCGUACAAUUUCCAAAAGGUGUCGGUAUUGCAAUUGCAGUAAAAGCUAUCCAUGAAGAUCCUGAUAUAUGGGAAAAUCCUGAUAAAUUCGAUCCUCAGCGAUUUUCAGCCGAUCAGAAAUCUAAACGUCAUCCAUGUCACUUUUUACCAUUUAGUGAUGGCCCUCGUAAAUGCAUAGGCAAUAGACUUGGAAUGAUGAAUUUAAAACUAAUUUUAGUACGAUUACUACAACAAGUCAAGUUCGAAGUAGCUAAUCAAACUGAAAAUCCUUUACCGACAAUUGUCAUUUUUACAGCUAUACCAGAAAAUCCAGUAAUAUUAAAAGUCGUACGAAGA